UUUAUCUCAGUGCAUUGCAUCAUACCUGCUAGAUUCAUAGCCUUUGGAAUCUCAGUGUGGUUCCUCUUUUUUUUUAAAUAGUAUCUCUAUGUUUAGAAGAGGAUAAAUACUGGACACACAUGUUCUGACUUAAUUUUUUUCCCAACAGGAUUAAUGACCCACAAGUUAAAAAAUACUUUUCUUUAAAAAGUAUCAAGAGAUCAGUAGACUACUACAGAAGCAAAGUGAGGCCAAACAAACCCAAAAGCUUUGAGGAAGCGUCAGACCAUUUAGAAAAUCCUGACUACUCUUACCUUGGUGAGUUCUUGGAUUAAAGUGUGCUGGAUUAUUUUCUUUAAGAGGGAGGACUCUGGUGAAACUUUCUCAGAAAGUUGAAACUUUGCUUUAUUAUUAGGUCCAAUAUAGUGAGUUCCCAAAACAAAAUUCAAAUCCUAAACAUGUCUAUGAGAAAAGUGCCACUUACUUUCUUUCCAAAUGAUAAGUAAACUGCCCACUUAGCUGAAAGGUGUUCAACCUGUUGAAUCUGAUACCUUUUAUGCACAUUUUAGUCUAUGAAUUUUAAAAAUGCUCUAUUUGGCAAUUUUGGCAAUUUUUUCACCAGGGUGCCCCCUUAAUUCAGCAUUGUAUAAAUUAAUUAAUUUAAUGAGCCUUUUUUGGAUUACUAGGAAGAACAAAAGAUGACAAAGAGCAGCUAUACCAAGGUCUAGUAGGGGAGGGUGGUGACAAGCCCUCCCUUGCUUUUUUCUCCAAACGUGGUCUAAAGAUGGUGAAAAGCACCGACACCGUCGCCAUGGAUGCUACUUUUAAAGUUACACCCAAGAUCCAGGGUGCCGUUCAACUCUUAAUUCUGGCAGUGUUUGCUUUCGGCCAUGCUUUCCCCUUUGCUUAUUUUGUUAUGUCAAGCAAGACAUCCAACGCCUAUGCUGCAUGUCUGAGGACACUCAGAGACAACAAGAUGCAUCCCUUUAGACCACAGCGAGCCAUAACGGACUGGGAGGACGGGGAGAGGUCUGCCUUCCGGAGGAUCUUUCCUGGAAUAACACUAGAUGGCUGUGUCUGGCAUUUCAUAAGGUGUCUCCACCGGAAAGCCAAGUCGCUGGGUCUUGGGAAGCUCUGGGAAAUAUAUGAAAGGACCGAUGAAGCCAGAGCAACCUUGAUAAUGCGGCUGUGCUGCCUCCUCCCUCGACUCCCUGGAAAGAAAAUGGAAGCUGGUUACAGAUAUGUGAGAGAAUACCUAGAUGACGUCACUCCAGAUCCAAUUAAAUUUAAGGUCAUGCAAUUUUUGGACUACGUACGGAAAGAGUGGAUCAUUCGUCCAGACGUUGAUGCAGUUUCCGUUGAUGGCAAGCACAUCGCAGCCACAUCCGGUCUUGAAAGCAUCAAUAGACGAAUAAACGCUGCUGUUGAGGAUGCUCAUCCAACUUUCUGGAAAUUUAGAGAAAUUAUUUCGAACUUGGAACAAGAAACGUGGGAGAAAUAUAACACAGUGUUAAGAACAGGAAAAUCAUAUCACAGUUCAAGAACUCAAAAAAGAACCCAACGCCAAGUGGAAAUGGACCUUGACAUAUUGAGACAGAAGGCUACCUUUAUGAGGACAGAUGAUGUAGGCACUUUCCUGAUGCAUGCACAAGGUUCCUUGAAAAAUGAUUUCAUGGCUCUGAAAUUGACUCCCGAUGAUGAUCCAAUCAAUCCUAUUCAAGUGGAAGAAGAUGAAGAUGAAGAUGAAGAUGAUCCUGAACAUUUGAGUGAUUUGGAAGAAAGAGAGUAUGGACAGGGGCCAAUUGAUGGAGAGGACAGUGAAGAGGAAGAGGAAGAGGAAGGGGAAGAGGAAGAGGAAGAGGAAGAGGAAGAGGAAGAGGAAGAGGAAGAAGAAGAAGAAGAAGAGGAAGGAGAAGGAGAAGGAGAAGGAGAAGGAGAAGGAGAAGGAGAAGGGGAGAGGAAUGAUGAGGACAGGAAUGACGAGGAGAGAAAUGACGAGGAGAGAAAUGACAAGCAGAGAAAUGACAAGCAGAGGAAUGACGAAUUGCAUGAAACAGAGGAAAUGGAUUACGACAUGGACAGUGGGGAUACCCGCUUUAAUUAUGAUACGGCUGGGUUUGAUGGUCAGCCGAGUUUGAUGGACAACUCGAAUGCUAAGCAACGAGCACAAAGAUUGAAGAGGCAGAGGCAGAGGGCAGGUAAAUGCCAAGUUCAGUCCGAAAACAUGAAAGAAAGAGCGAAGAAAAAGAAGGCUGAGAGGAAAAAAGCAGCAAGGCAGAAGAAGAGAUUGGAAGAGAAGAAGAAGUUGAAUGAAAAGGAACAGGAAGCAUCUGCACAUGGAAGGCAACUCAGGAAGACUCCGGCAAGAAUGGCAGCAGCAGCACAGCGUCAUAAUCAACCUAAGAAAAAAUAAUGGACCAUUAAUAUCAAUCUAAUCUCAGCAGGGC